CGCCCCGCACCAAAAUGGCCGCCGCCUUCGCAGGCGCGGCCGCCGCGAGACGGCAGUUGGUGGGCAUGCUCCCUGAGUGCCUCGCACCGGCAUGGCUGCCGCCUUCACGCGAGUGACUGUAAUUCUCGGCUUCCGGUCCUAGCCAGCCGGCGCUCAUUUCCCUGCUGGAAGCCUGGUGAAGCCGGGGAGAGGUGCGGGUGAACGGGGAGAGGGAACCGCGAACAUCCGCGCCUCCUGGUGGAGAAGAUGGCCGAGGGCGAGCGGCAGCCGCCGCCAGAUUCUUCAGAAGAGACCCCUCCAGCCACUCAGAACUUUAUCAUUCCAAAAAAGGAGAUCCACACAGUUCCAGAUAUGGGCAAAUGGAAGCGCUCUCAGGCAUAUGCUGACUACAUUGGCUUUAUUCUUACCCUUAAUGAAGGUGUGAAGGGGAAGAAGCUGACCUUCGACUACAAAGUCUCUGAGGCCAUCGAGAAGCUGGUGGCACUUCUUGAUACGCUGGAUAGGUGGAUUGAUGAAACCCCGCCAGUGGACCAGCCUUCCCGAUUUGGGAACAAAGCCUACAGGACCUGGUAUGCCAAACUUGAUCAGGAAGCAGAAAACUUGGUGGCCACAGUGGUCCCCACCCACCUGGCUGCUGCUGUGCCUGAAGUGGCAGUUUACCUGAAGGAGGCUGUGGGGAACUCCACACGAAUUGACUAUGGCACAGGACAUGAGGCUGCCUUUGCAGCUUUCCUCUGUUGUCUCUGCAAGAUUGGUGUGCUCCGGGUAGACGACCAGGUGGCGAUUGUCUUCAAAGUGUUUGACAGGUAUCUUGAGGUUAUGCGGAAGUUGCAGAAGACAUACAGGAUGGAGCCUGCAGGGAGCCAGGGUGUAUGGGGUCUGGAUGACUUCCAGUUCCUGCCCUUCAUCUGGGGCAGCUCACAGCUCAUAGACCACCCCCACCUGGAGCCCAGACAUUUUGUGGAUGAGAAGGCGGUGAGCGAGAACCACAAGGACUACAUGUUCCUCCAGUGCAUCCUGUUCAUCACUGAGAUGAAGACCGGCCCCUUUGCAGAGCACUCCAACCAGCUGUGGAACAUCAGUGCUGUCCCCUCCUGGUCUAAAGUGAACCAGGGCCUCAUUCGAAUGUAUAAAGCAGAGUGCCUGGAGAAGUUCCCUGUGAUCCAGCACUUCAAGUUCGGGAGCCUGCUGCCCAUCCAUCCAGUCACAUCAGGCUAGGAGAGGCUGAACUACCAGAGCCACCCUGGCCAGGUUCCUGUGCCCUCUCUGAUCCAGCACCCCUUCCGCCCACCUUCUGUUCUUUCUGUUUGAUGAGAGGCUAUUUACUGAGAUGGGUGCUAAGCAGGGCCUGAGUUGGGGGAAUUGACCAAAGUGUGGCCAGUUUUUGACUGUCUGUCUGGUGGACAAGUGAGAAGAGAGGGACUUGGAUGUGGUUCCAGGCCCUGCCCAUCCCUGUGCCCCUGCUUCCUUUCCCUCCUACCCAGGCCCAUGUGGAGGAGACAAGAACAUCCUGCUUGUCCCGUUGCUUUCCCUUUCCUUCCCAUGAUGUGACAUCUCCCUCAUUAAGAGCAGGAGUUCCGCACCUCCAGGGGUGGGCUGGUCGUUUUCCUGCUAGCCGUGUUCCACUAGGUGUCUGCUAUGGGGCUGAGGGUGAGGUUGUCAUCAGCUGUGGGGCCAUGGAUGAUGAGGCUGGUCUUCUCAAGGUACCAUCCUAGGCCCUGUGGGAACCGUGUCCAUCCUUAUGCUGGCUUUUAUUCCCUGGCCUUUGGCCUUGCUAGGUUUCCUGACUGUUAACAUGACUCCCCCUUCCUGGGGAUAGCCUAGCUAUGGAAGCUGCCCUGGGCUCCUGGAAAGCCCAUUGCUUGGGUGAGAUCUGACUUUCCAGCACUGUCAAGCAGGGAGAGGGAGAGACUCAGGGAGGCAGGAGGAUUGGUGUGUGUGUGGAGAACCUAGUUUCCCCAGUCAGUCUCAGGCCUGCUGCUCUGCUACUCCUACCUGCUUUGAGUGGCCUGAAGCCUCACCUCAGGCCUUGGGCUGGCUGCUCUGCUCCCUUGGGUCAGUGUGUGGCUCGUGUGGGAGGGCAAAGAAGGCAGCAGCCCUCUCCUCCCUCCCCUUUGUGAGAUGAGGUAAGUGCUGGCCUGGGCCUGGGCAUACACUCAGAAUGGGUAGGGCUGCUAAGGGGACCUAGCCACAGUCACCAAUUUUCUCCCAGCUUAUGGCUGAACUGGUACCUGUAGGCUUCCCUGUCCCAUUUGGGCCUCCCUCUGCACUGCCCAUCCUGUGUCUGUGCCCACUUAGCUUUUGUGGAGUGGACACUGAGAAGCACAACCCAGGGAUUAAGUAUGGUCUGGGCCGAGCUGGGAUUGAAGUCAUCAGAGUCACGGGCAGUUUCCCAGGAAAGGCCCAGUGCCAGCAGCCUUCCUUCCAGGGCCAGGCCACUGCCUUCCUGGCUCCCUUCCCUGACCCUGGGUCCCCAGCCCUGCGCCUUCCUUGCUGUUUGGAUUAAAGCCUCUGUUUUACACCUGU